CCAACUCGACUGACGUGCCCGAACUUGUACAACCGACACCUGAUCCGUUCGGUCGCUGCAUAGACCAGGCAGGGAAGUAUCAAAGUUACCCAAUAAACAUACAAAUGCGACGCAAUUAACCAAGGACUCGGUUGAAAAGUAAGAGUUUACAAUUUUAUCACAGGGGAAUAGCGCGGAAUGCUGAGAAUGAUACGAGUUUGAUGGGACAGGAGAAUUUGGAGCUCCAUGCCCAAAUGGCCAAUUCUCCGCAGAGCUGUUCAAAUGUGGAUUUCACGUUGUGAUACGCACCACGUCCUGGUUCAGAACUCAUGCUUUCUGCAUGAAAACACCUGAAUAAGGUAGCCUAUCCAAGAUGAUCAAUCUCUUUUAUACCAAUCCUUGCAUUUAGCAGAAUCAUGUGCUCUCAACAUUGAGUGUAGGUUACCAUUGACUGUCAACUGUAAAAAAAAAAACGACUACAGGUUCCAAUGGAGCACAGGAAGCAGAAGUUGAGUUCGGCCAAGGGCUUCGUCCCAGUGUUUGAGAUGCGCGGAACUCGUCGGAUACUUUUUCUACUAGUGCUGAUGUUGGUAGGUUUGGAUGGGGUCGGCGGACUCCCUGCGUGUAGAAGGAAAACGGAAGCUGGUGAGCGGUCUGUGGAGUCCCUGAGCUCUGUGAAGCAUCAUCCCGUGACGGGAGCGGCAUUGAGCCGCUCCAAACGCUACGCCAUCAACCCACUGGGACACAAGUGGAAGCAUUUCAACCUCACCUACAAGAUCGUGAAGUUUCCCAACACGCUGAACAAAGACGGCACCCGCAAGGCCAUCAGCAUUGCGUUCUCCAAGUGGAGCGACGUGUCCCCUCUCUACUUUGCUGAAAUCACAAACCCCAACAAGAGUGCUGACAUUAUCAUCGGCUUCUACACGUGGAACCACACAGACUGCUGGUGGUCUCCAUUGCACCCCUGUUUUGAUGGGCUAAACGGGGAGUUGGCCCAUGCCUUCCUGCCCCCGCGCGGGGAGAUCCACUUUGACAACCAUGAGUUCUGGAUCCUGGGGAAGUCCCGCUUCAGCUGGAAACAAGGUGUAUGGUUGAAUGACCUGGUACAGGUUGCGGCUCAUGAGAUCGGGCACGCCCUGGGACUGUGGCACUCCCGUGACCCCCAGGCCCUGAUGCAUCCCAAUGCCACCUACACGGGCCAGAGGAACAUUGCCCAGGACGACAUCUGGGGAAUCCAGCGCCUCUAUGGAUGCACAGACAAGAAGCGCGUGUGUGAUCCAUGGGCUCGCCUUGGCUUCUGCGAAAGGAGGAAGAGCUUCAUGAAGAAACACUGUGCCCGCCGCUGCGACCUCUGCUAUGAGCCUCUUGAGGCCGUUAUCAAGCCAACUCCACUGCCUUCCAACGUCAAGGUCAAGAUGGUUCCUCGUGGAAAGGUUGUGGGCUUCCGCUGUGGGACGAAGAAUCCUAGAUCGCCUCCCAAAGUCAGCUGGUACAAGGAUGGAGAACAGCUCCUGAUCUCUAUCCCCGGCUACAUCAUCAUGAAGGGCCGCGACCUCCGCAUCGUUGCCAACGAGUUUAACGAGGGCACUUACACCUGUCGCGUCCAUCGUAGCGGCAAUGUGGUCUCUGCAAACUCCUGGGCCAUCCGGCUGAAGCCUGAACAGCCCUCCAACAGUUGAGCUGAACGGAGUGAGUGAGGGUAAGGAAGAAUGAGAGCUGGGAAGGAAAGUAUAAGGCAUGGAGGAAAAGAGGACGAACCCACAGCUGUGCCACAUGUGCCUCUCCGCUAGCCGCAGUGGAAUGCAGGUGGCAACAAUUAUAAUAUUAAAAUGGAACUCAGCAAUUUGACAUCAUACACCAUGACGACUUCCUGAUAUUUAAAAUCUGCCAAGACUGCCACAUAUUGGACCAUAUUCACUCAGGGGUUGUGAGCUCUGAUUCAGAGGGGUUGGGUUAAAUGCGGAAGACACAUUUCAGUUGAAGACAUUCAGUUGUACAACUGACUAGGUAUCCCCCUUUCCCUAAAAUAAAAAAAACCAACAGAAAACAGAAAAACUUCCUUGAGUUUAACCUUAGAAUCAACAGAUUAUUUACCAAUGGAAACAACCCUCUAGUCUAGAGCCAAUAGUGUCAGUCUUGCAGAUUGAAAUUCUGUUGUUGUUAAUGUCUGUAAACAGGAAGUUUCCCCGGUUUGUAGGAUGAUAUCAUAUAGCUGAGUCUACCUUUAAGCAGAUUGUACUCUGACAGUACUCCCCAGGUCAUAAAUGGGAUAGACCCCAGCGCUCAACCUUAUACUUCAUUCAUCAUCAAGGACAUCAGACUUUAAGAUCCAGACAGAAAAGACUAGCUUUGCUCACCCUUUAAAUCUGAUGACUGUCAUUUCCAUGCAGUUGUUGUAUUGAUAUAUCUCACUUUGUAAAAUGUCUAGGACAGAGUUGAUAUUUCUAGUAAUAUGUUUUGAGGAAAAUGGUGGAAAUAUGAUGCAGCUAUCACUGUGUGUACAGUACUUACGGAAAGUAUUCGCAGAUUUAAGUCAGAACUGAUAUUAGGGCACUCAAGCCCCGUUUUUUAUGCCUGGUUCUAACAUGCAUCCUGGUCUUGUCCACAUUCUGACCGUGCCCACAUUCUCAGACAUGCAUCUAUAAACUAUUGAACAGUCAUCCGUUGUUGUGACGUGACUAUCAUUAAUGCGAUGACUGUUAUCUUAUCAAAUCAAUGAAUUAUUAUUUCAUUAGUAUGUGAUUUAAAUUACUCGUGUAACAAUUAACUCAGUAACUUGGGGCACCAGGGGGAAAACAUAUUUAACGAGUUACUAUCUCUCAAAUGAAACUCUUAUAAGAUAUAGUUCAAGUCGGAAGUUUACAUACGCUUAGGUUGGAGUCAUUAAAACUCGUUUUUCAACCACUCCACAAAUGUCUUGUUAACAAACUAUAGUUUUGGUAAGUCUGUUAUGACAUCUACUUUGUGCAUUACACAAGUAUUUUUUCCAACAAUUGUUUACAGUCAGAUAAUUUCACUUAUAAUUCACUGUAUCACAAUUCCAGUGGGUCAGAAGUUUUACAUACACUAAGUUGACUGUGCCUUUAAACAGCUUGGAUAAUUCCAGAAUAUCAUGUCUUAAGAAGCAUGAUGGGCUAAUUGACAUAAUUUGAGUCAAUUGGAGGUGUACCUGUGGAUGUAUUUCAAGGCCUACCUUCAAACUCAGUGCCUCUUUGCUUGACAUCAUGGGAAAAUCAAAAUAAAUCAGCCAAGACCUCAGAAAACAAAUUGUAGACCUCCACAAGUCUGGUUCAUCCUUGGGAGCAAUUUCCAAAUGCCUGAAGGUACCACUUUCAUCUGUACAAACAAUAGUACGCAAGUAUAAACACCAUGGGACCACGAAGCCGUCAUACCGGUCAGGAAGGCGACACGUUCUGUCUCCUAGAGAUGAACGUACUUUGGUGCGAAAAGUGCAAAUCAAUCCCGGAACAACAGCAAAGGACCUUGUGAAGAUGCUGGAGGAAACAGGUACAAAAGUAUCUAUAUCCACAGUAAAACGAGUCCUACAGUAUAUCGACAUAACCUGAAUGGCCGCUCAGCAAGGAAGAAGCCAUUGCUCCAAAAACCACCAUAAAAAAAGCCAGACUACAGUUUGCAACUGCACAUGGGGACAAAGAUUGUACUUUUUGGAGAAAUGUCCUCUGGUCUGAUGAAACAAAAAUAGAACUGUUUGGACAUAAUGACCAUCGUUAUGUUUGGAGGAGAAAGGGGGAGGCUUGCAAGCCGAAGAACACCAUCCCAACCGUGAAGCAUGGGGGUGUUAGCAUCAUGUUGUGGGGAUGAUUUGCUGCAGGAGGGACUGGUGCACUUCACAAAAUAGAUGGCAUCAUGAGGUUGUAACGCUUCUUGUCUGGGGAAGGAGAGGAGGACCAAGGUGCAGCGUGGUA